AUGGAAGAAGUUCAACGUCACUCUGUGCACACUUUGGUGUUCCGCUCAUUGAAGCGUACCCAUGACUUUUUCGUCGCUAAUCAAUCGCUAUUACCCGAAAUAGAUGAAAAUUUAGAAAAGACGAAAUUCAACAUCAAAGCUCGGGAUACCUAUGGAUUAGUUUUUGAUCGCACUGCCAAAGCGAAAGCACUAUCCGCCAAGAGGGGAGAUGCUGACCGAACGGAGGCAAAGGAUACCGUGUUGGCUUUAACUGCUGGUGAGCAUGAGGAUAAUGCAGUGGAUAGUGGUAAUGCUCAAAUGGCACUGGUGCCAGCAGUAAUACCAACCAGUUCCCAGAAUACUUCCAAUGCGGUGCAAAUACUUCCGAAGAAAGCGCCAACCAUACCUAAACCAAAAUGGCAUGCCCCAUGGAAGCUUUGUCGUGUCAUUUCCGGCCAUCUUGGAUGGGUACGAUGCGUGGCAGUGGAGCCAGGCAACGAGUGGUUUGCAACCGGGGCUGCUGAUCGAGUCAUCAAAAUUUGGGAUUUAGCCAGCGGCAAACUGAAGCUCUCUCUCACCGGGCACGUAAGCACUGUACGGGCUCUUUCGGUGAGCCCGCGCCAUCCUUACUUGUUUAGCUGCGGAGAAGACCGUCAGGUGAAGUGCUGGGAUUUGGAGUACAAUAAGGUGAUACGGCACUACCACGGGCAUCUGUCGGCCGUAUACACGAUGUCGCUGCAUCCAACUAUCGACGUGCUCGUGACGGCCGGGCGAGAUUCUACGGCUCGCGUUUGGGAUAUGCGCACGAAAGCCAACAUUCACACCUUGACAGGCCAUACAAACACGGUCGCGAGUGUGGUUACCCAAGCAGCCAACCCCCAGAUUAUAACUGGAAGCCAUGAUUCGACCGUAAGGCUGUGGGAUCUGGCCGCAGGUAAAAGCAUGUGCACACUAACUAAUCACAAGAAAAGUGUCCGUGCAAUUGUACUACAUCCUUCCCUGUACAUGUUCGCGUCUGCCUCGCCGGAUAACAUAAAGCAGUGGCGGUGCCCUGAAGGCAACUUCAUACAGAAUCUCGGUGGACACAACUCGAUCGUGAAUUGUAUGGCCGUGAACCCGGAAGGCGUGCUGGUGUCUGGGGGUGACAACGGCACGAUGUUUUUCUGGGACUGGCGAACAGGGUACAAUUACCAGCGCUUCCAGGCAGCGGUGCAGCCGGGUUCGAUGGACAGCGAGGCGGGUAUAUUUUCGAUGACGUUCGAUCAGUCUGGAUCCCGAUUGAUAACUACAGAGGCCGAUAAAACUAUCAAGAUUUAUAAGGAGGAUGAUGAGGCAACGGAGGAAUCGCAUCCCAUCAAUUGGCGACCAGAAAUCAUUAAACGCAGAAAGUAUUAA